AUGAAUAAAGCCACAAUUAAGGAGUCACGAAAAGCCAUCAAGCAGUCUGGCCGGCUCAAAAGGUUAACUCUACUUGCUACCCUCUUCAUUCCUAUCAGUUUCAGCUCCAGCUUACUAGCCUAUGGCUUCUAUCUUUGGGACUCUCAGUUCCUCAAGCGUUACUGGGAGAGUUUCUGGAAAGGAUAUAAAGGUACCACGCGAAAUUUGAAAUUUAGGAGGUACAAGAAAGAUUCCGAAUAUAUUGUAUGA